CUUUAAUGUUGUGUUACGUUACUGUUUAUCCAUAUUUAAAUUCAAAAUGUUACCGCCAAUUAAUUAAAAAGGAAAGUGAAUUCUUUAUAAAAUGAACUUGAUUUUCCCAUAACUAAAAAAAAAAUAAUUUUUUCUCUCUUUGGAAAUUUUUAAAAAAUGUCAACUAACAAUAGUGAUAAUAAUAAUAAUCAGGUUGCUAAUGCUAAUUCAUUUUGGUAUGAACCUUUAUUAGAUCGUGGUUUAGUUCCAGAUUUUGUGCUUCGAAUGGCGAUUCGAUCUUUAUUAAAGGAAAGAUUGGAUUGGAUUAAUUUAGGUGAAGUGGAAAAAAAUUGUCAAAGAAAAUUUGACUUUGUUAAUUCAUUGAAAGAAAGACCCAUUGCCGAACACACCGAUAAAGCUAAUGAACAGCAUUAUGAGGUUUCAACAGAAUUUAUAAAAGUUUGCUUGGGAAAAAGAAUGAAAUAUUCUUCUUGUCUAUUUCCUAAAGGAAACGAAAGCCUGGACAUAGCAGAGGAAGCUAUGUUAGAAUCCUAUUGCGUUAAAGCCCAAGUAUCAGAUGGAAUGGAAAUCCUUGAUUUAGGUUGUGGUUGGGGAAGUUUAAGUUUGUAUUUGUGCGAGAAAUAUCCCAACGCAAAAAUUACAGCAUUAUCGAAUUCAAGCACUCAAAGAGAAUACAUUGAAUCAAUUGCAAAACAAAAUGGCUUUGAAAAUUUAAAAGUCAUCACUGCAAAUAUCAAAGAAUUUGAUUUUGAUUCCUCAAAUCAAUUUGAUCGUAUUAUGACAGUUGAAAUGUUUGAACAUAUGAAAAAUUAUGAAUUUUUAUUUGAGAAAAUUUCAAAGUGGAUAAAACCAAAGGGAUUGUUAUUUAUUCAUGUAUUUUGUCAUGUUGAUCAACCAUAUGAUUUUACCCUUGGAGAUGGUUGGAUGUCAAAAUAUUUUUUUACGGGUGGAACGAUGCCUUCCGUUGAUUUGUUUCUUUAUUUUCAACGCCAAUUACGUUUGGUUAAUCAAUGGGUUGUUAAUGGUAAACAUUAUGGCAAAACAUCUGAAGAAUGGUUAAAGUUAUUAGAUAAAAAUAAGAAACCCGCGAUGGAAUAUCUUGCUAAAACUUAUGGAAAGGAAAAUGCUGUUGUUUGGUAUUACAGAUGGAGAACAUUUUAUCUUGCUGUUGCUGAAAUGUUUAAUUAUGAUAAUGGAAAUAUUUGGUGUGUUGGUCAUUAUUUGUUUGAAAAAGAAUAAUUUAUUCUAAUAUAGAUCGGGUUAUUAAGAUAGAAUAUCUAGUUUUUUUAAGGAUUUUUUUUAGUGAAUUCUUGUAUAAUAUUAAAAUAAAAAUAUUAUUUCACACUGUACUGUGCCGAAUCAUUCAUUAAUGAGUAGUGAAAAACGAUUGGAUGAUCAUAAUACUUUUAUGUAAAUCCACCAUUAUUUUUUUUUUUUUUU